AUGGCAGCUGGAACUUUUUGGUACCUUAUAAUUACCAUUGUUGUAGCAUGUCAAUGGACAGCCACUGUAAGUGCAAUGCACUGUAUUCAUCACAAUCCCGUCACACACGAAAACCAUUACGAUUAUUGCCCAGAACACCAAAAACAAUACCAACGAAAUACACUCGAGAACCGAAUCUAUCUUGACAUCAAGUGCGAUUCGGACCAUUGCGAAAAAGCUACUGCCACUUUCCACAAAGCAGCCGACAUCAUAUCCUCCGUCGUUAAGUUUGAAACACCGAUCCAGGUCAAUGCCAGCUUCUUGUCGUUUUGCAGCACUCGAGGAGAAUGUAAAAAGGACAAUGAUAUGAAAGCCAUAGGAUUGGCUUAUCCUACCGUAUCAUAUCUAAUGAACGAUCCAACUGACGGGGUGACCAGAAUGUACCCACAAGCAAUGCUUAAACAAUUCACAAAUCUUACAGUAAUUCCUCGGUGGGCUACAUACGAUAUAAACGCAAUGUUUAACAGCGACAUUUCCUGGUAUUUUUAUAAUGAUUCUGGAAAAAUUCACCAAAAUGAAACAGAUCUCUUACGCACAGUCAUUCACGAACUAGUCCAUGGCCUAGGAUUCAUCAGUUCCUGGGGAGACGAGAUGUACAAUCGAUUCGCACCAUAUGUCGACGACCUACCACAAUUCAUCACUCCAGCAAAACUCACUCCAUCUACAGAACUCCAAUCUGUAGCCGACAAUGUCAAGACGUCAGUAGGAACCCAACCGUUCUGGGGAUUUGUAGAAUUUCCUCUCGAUCGCCUACUAUACACCACCAUACUAUCUUCACCCAAUGAACAAGUACCCCUUACACACUAUACAAAGGUACUCAACGGCUGGUGUGAUGCCAAUGUCUUGUUUGCUAGCAUGAUAGACAUGGUCAACACCUGGUACGGAUCCACAGAACGCCAGACAGCCGAAGCAAUGUACCAACUAGCAACUACCUCGCGUGAUAUCAGCAUAUGUUCCACUCGCCAUGAAAAUGAUGAUGGCAAUGGGCCGACUCUCCAAAGCAUGUUCUGGCUCGAGACUUCACUGGUUCCAUUCAUGCGCGGUUCGACAUUUACACAUGUCGACCAAGAUUCGUAUCAGUCGUCUGCUGAGUACCUGAUGGUCUACAAUGCCGAUCGUGGAGUCUCACUUGACAGCCUGACAGAAAAAUACUCCAGCGGUCCUUUGGGCCCAAACCUUCGGACUGUUCUUUUGGAUCUUGGAUAUGCUCUGCAACCCCAAUUCACAAACGGAACGAUCGCUGAUGGAGGAACCAUAAAAAACUUUCGACCUAGUCGGCCCAACGUCUCUUACUGGGCACCUGCAGAUAACCUGGUUGGCACCACUCCAAACCCAUCAGCAUCUAUUCGGGUCCAAUCUUAUGGACCAGCUCACAUGCCGGUUUCGUCGAGUGCGACUAGCUCUGCAGCAUCCUCGACUGCAAUUGCAGAAACAUCGGGUGCAAUUGGUUUGAAUUCCCACACAUCACCACCUAGCACAGCAAAAAUAAUGAUGAUGAUGAUAAUGAUGAUGUUUGUUGGCACGACAAUUAUCUAA